AUGCGACGUCAUUGGGCAGGGCGAGAUGAGGAGACACCCGCAUUCAACGCCGUGUAUAUCAGCGGAGAAGAACCGUUGCUCUUCCUUGGAAUAUGCGACAGUAGAGGAGUCGACAGUGUUGGCGUUCCCGUCAAUACGAGUUUGGCUAUGAAUAUCGGUCCAGUCGAACAACGAACAACCCAAAAGGGACGUUUACGGUUGAAGAGAUGUGCAUCAAUACCAGCUUUGACAAUCUUCAUCGUUUACGCGCCAACAUUAAGCUAUGACGAAGACAAGACGAAGUAA